UUCUCGGCAGAUGGUAUGAGAUGAAGCCGGCUUUCAAAAUAACCAGAGAGAGAUGAUGAAGCUGCGCACGCAUGAAGGGGAAGUUUUCCCUUUAUCUGUGAUUGGUUUGCACUAUUUGAGUUUAGAUCCUUUGGAGAAGUAAAAGUCUUUGACUACUCGGAGGAAUUUCAUUCUCUCUCUUCAGUCUCGUCUGACUUGCUUGUUUUUUGUGUCUCCUUCUCUUUAUAUACAUUUUCUUUCUUUUUUUUGCUUGUAUUUUUUUUUCGUCUCUUGAUUCUCUCUUCUCCCUUCUGCGUUAUACACUUUUCUCUUCUACUUCUGAUUCUCUCUUCUUUCUCUAACUCUGUUUUUUCCUCAACUUAGUCUACGUCUUCUUGCUUUUUUUUAUAUAAAAUAAACUUCUACUAUGGAUUACGACCCUUUUGGUUAUGUGUCCCAGUAUGACAAUAUGGAUUAUAAGUGUCUAGUUCAUGACUGCAUGUGGUCAGGUACCUGUAAAGAGGAUAAUUUACAUGAAUCUACCAAUAAACUAAGUGAUUUCAGUUACUUUUCAACGUCUCCAGUGUAUGGGUCUAUUUUCGAUAUAUUCAAUAUUGACGAUGAAAAUAGUUUAGGUGAGAUUGAUGGUGACAAUGAAGAAUAUGAUGAAGAGGAAGACUCACCUCUUUCUGGACUUUCUGGAGAUUCAGGAGAUGAACAUAAAGUUGUCAAUAAUAGCCAUAUUAAGGAUCACUCUUAUGGUAAUAAUAAAAGUAGCAUGUGUAUUGCCGGUAACAAGGCAACUUGUUCAACCUCAACUUCAACUUCAUCUUCCCUUAUGGAAACAAAUAUAAUUUCAUCAUCAGAUACUAAUUCUUCUUGUUCAUCAUCAUCAUUGGAAUCAACAACUUUACUUCAAUCUUCAUCAAACCAACUAGUACCUUGUUCACAAUUGUCCGAAGUAGAACUUACAUCGAUACCCGCCACUGCAACAGUCACCAGCUCAAUUAUUUCUCCUACAACUUCAGCAACACCAACAGUAGCUAUUAAAACGAUUGGUAAAUCUAGAAAUCCAAAGUCAUCUUGUCAAGAACGUAGAAAAGAAUUGAAUGCUGCUAUCUCAACAAUAACCCAAGCGUCUUCAACACAUGUACCAGCAAACACAUCUAUUCUUAAAAGUACGGGUAAACCAAGAAAUCCAAAGUCGCUAUAUCCUGAACGUAGAAAAGAACAUAAUAAUUCCGAAAAGAAACGACGAGAUCAUCUAAGGAACGCAUUCAACCAUCUUAGAGAUCAAAUACCUAAAUUAAAGGAUGGCGAAAAGAAAGCUGCAAGAGUAACUAUUUUGAAAGAGGCGUCGUCAUAUGUAACUCUUUUAAAAGAGAAACAUCGUUAUUUGGAGCGAACCAAAACUGCUGAAACAAUAAAGAAAGAGAAUCUCUUGAAAAGGCUAAAGCUUCUUCAAUCUGGUUCCAUCGAUCCUAGCCCACAACAACAACAGAUCAUCCAAUUAAUUUAAAAAAAGACAAAAUCUUCAAUAACAUAAAUUAUGUAAUUAAUUAAACCAAACAAAUGUAAAACUUAUUGUAAUUUUUCAAAAAACCCUCCCUUUAUACUUUGUAAGUCCCCCAACAAAACUUUCCCCCCACCAUAUUUUGCGCGACUAAUUAUGGUCGGUGCUCUCAAGUGGAGCUUCUCGAAAUAUACAGAGGGUGGAGAAACUGUUAAUGCAGUUGACUUUCCGUUGAUUUCAAUAAAUACAACAUAGAUUUUUGAUUUAA